CACAGCUGACUUUCAACCGAGCUGGCCGCUGUCCUCACAGUCUGGGUGACAACAGGGACCUUGCAAUGAUCUCGCUGGACUUCAAUUUCAACAUUUUGACAAGGGACCUGUCGCAUUAUUUGGAAAAUCAAGUGAAAGUUGGAUUUUUCGGUUCGGGAGUAGGACUGUCUCUGGUGCUGGGUUUUAGCGCUGCAUACACCUGCUACUAUUUGAUUUCAGUAGCGAAGAAGCCACAGCUCAUCUCUGGUGGCAAGAAGUUCUACCAGUUUCUGAGGGAGCAAUGUCCUGUAGUGUCAGAGACCUACUACCCCACCUUUUGGUGCUGGGAAAGCCGCAUCCAGACUCUGCUGAGACCGUUUGUCACAGCCAAACCUGGGGUCAUCUACAGAAAUGAGCUCAUUAAGGCAGCAGAUGGAGGACAGAUCUCUUUGGAUUGGUUUGACAACGACGACAGCUUCGCUCAUCCCGACCCCGCCACCAGGCCCACUGUCCUCCUCCUCCCUGGUCUUACCGGCACCAGCCGAGAGUCCUACAUCCUGCACAUGGUCCAACAGAGCCGGGAUCUGGGUUAUAGAUGUGUGGUGUUCAACAAUAGAGGGGUGUCUGGUGAAACACUGCUGACCCCGAGGACCUACUGUGCCGCCAACACGGAGGAUCUGGAGACUGUCAUUGAGCACAUCCACAAGAAUCAUGAAGCUGCUCCCAUCAUGGCUGCUGGAGUAUCAAUGGGAGGGAUGAUGCUUGCCAACUACUUGGGUCGCAAGGGCCGGGAAACGUGUCUGAAAGGGGUGGUGGUCUUCUCAGCUGGCUGGGAUGUGUUUGAGUGCACGGCUUCACUGGAAAAACCCCUGGACCGCUUCCUCUUCAACUCCUACCUCACAAGCUGCCUGCAAGCCUCUGUGCACAGACACAGACCAGUGCUCGAAAAGUGUUACGACAUUGAUCAUGUCAUGAAGGCAAAGACCAUUCGAGAGUUUGAUGAGAGGUUCACCUCCAUAAUGUUCGGCUAUCCUACCAAUGAUGACUACUACCACGAUGCCAGUCCUGUCCACAGGCUAAAGUCUGUGCAGGUGCCAAUGCUGUGUCUCAACGCUGCCGAUGAUGUCUUCUCACCGUCUCAUGCCAUUCCAGUGGAAGCAGUGAAGCAGAAUCCAAACCUGGCCCUGCUCAUAACUUGUCACGGCGGCCAUAUUGGUUUCCUGGAGGGCCUAUGGCCUCGCCAGAGCACUUACAUGGACCGAGUCUUCAGACAGUUUGCUAAGGCAGUCAUCGAACAGGGCAGCCGGCUCAAAGACCUUUCCUGAUAAGAGAGUUCAACAAAGUGUUCCUCCAGUUUUCCUUCCUCUCUGUUUCCUCCUUUCCUUUAAUCUUUUCUUCCAUUUAUGCCGUCCAUCUUCCUUUUACUGCUGCAUUCCCUCCUUUACUUGAUUUAUAAUUCAAUUUUUAUUCUUUCGCCUUUUGUCCUUUGACCUUUUUCCCUCUUUCAUCCUUUCCUGUCCAUCAUUUGUGCCUUCCCUCUCUAACUAAUCCUAUUCUGCUUAUUUCCUUCCUUCCAUUGACUUUUUCAAUCUUUGCCUUCAUUCCUUCUGUCCCAUUCUUCCUCCUGCCACAAGCAAAAAAAUCUUUCUUAUACGAAAGGCACAUCUUAUUGAAUGCAGCGUUUGUGUUGCAUUCAGCGUCCAUUUAUUUAUUCCAUACAGUUUAAAACUCAUUGUAUGUAAUCAUUGAAUGCAUCUAAAAAAACUAGCAGAGCUGCUCAUGUUGCUGUUGAAAAGCUGAAUCUGUGCCCAUCUUUGUUAGUCGCAUUAGCUUGCAAAAAAAAGCCCUGCUUUUACCUUGUGCAAUUAUUUGCAGUUACACAUGUACUGUACAUGGAAGAUCAAUCAUCUAUGUCCAUGAAGCAUCUUUCAGUGCUCAUUUUAGUAGGAUUUUAGCCCUCAGGGAUUGUCUUUAUUUACUCAUAUUCCUCUCCUUUCUGUGUAGUUCUGUAUUGUUAAUCAUUCUUAUUUGGUUUUAAGGUAGAUGAUAUUUAAGUUUGCUUCUUUUUCUUUAAUAUUGUAGUGUCAUACUGUGGGAACAAUAGUUUUUUGUUUUCUUGUGGAGAGACAAAUGAUCAUCAAGGCUUUCAUUUUGAGUUUAUAGUGUGCAGCAGCCUGAAGUCUAGCUUAGCAUAAAGAUACUCAAGUUGAAUUUGCACAGCCCAUUGUUGGAUACUUUGUUCUAAUCAAAUCAGGCCUUUACAUCUUAAAAUAUCAUAUUCAUCUGGCCCUGCUGGGUAAAUGUGGCUUGCAAUUAGUAUAAUUAGAUAUUCAGACUUGAAGCUAGACAAAAAAAAUUGCUAGUUUUUGCUGUGUAUUGUUACAAUGCCAGAUGUCCACACUUUGCCUAAGUUUCAAUAAGUAGAUAAACUUGCAUCACAGUAAUUUAUUAGUGUUCAUAUCUCUGUUUGCUUUAAAAAACAUAUUUUCUGUCGUGCUGCUGUAACUCCUUGUUCUCCCACUGGCAAAGUUCCGAACAGUUUACCAAUCAGAAGAUGUUGGGCUUUUAAGCAGGGAGGCCUUAAAUAGACUUGAGAGCACCUGCGUUAGGGUUUCUAUCCACAUUUUCAAUUUGUGCAUUAUAAAUUCAGUCUGAAAAGGCUGCAAAUUAGGAAAAAGAGUAAAUGCUAAAUGUCCCAGACCUGUUUCCAAAACUCUGUCAAGAGCACAUAAGUUUAGAUAAAGUUGUACAAAACUGUCCAUAUCCACAUAUAAAAUCCCCCUCUAUUUUAUGUCUGCACUCACUUCUAAAAUAGGGUAUUAACCAUAGAGCAAUCAUGUACUGCUCAACCUGUUGACUCCUAAUACACACAUAACAGUAUUGACUAGAAACAAGCAUAAAUUAACUUUUUCUUUUGCCCAUGUUUUUUGUGAAUGUUAUUUUAAAACACCUAUAGCGUAUGGCAGAAGCAGAUCUCAGGGUUACAUGCAGUUAGAAAAACCCUUUUUAUUGUGAAAGCACAAAACUGAAAUUUCCAAAUACAGUAAACAUGUCACACUGACAGAACUAUUACUAAAUGGAAUUUCUGAGGUCAGAUUAACAAACCUAGAUGAUGUAGUUGAUAGUCUAAUCCUUGCAUGUGUAUACCUCGAUCAGACCUUAAGGGCCUGAGGCGUGCUGUGCAUGCUCUACAGUUCCAGGCGUUGACCUUAAAGUCAAAGGAAUAUAAAGCAAAAGCAGGGAAGAAAAAAUUAAGCUAUCGAUGGGCAACUUCUAGAAUGAGACCCAUACAGUUUUGGACAAAUGGAAAAACACCAGUGUUAAUUUUGUAGUCUAUAUAAAAAAAAUGUUAACUGACUACCUUUUAUGAAGAUCGUUUUUGGUGCUUUUCUGCCUUUAUUUAGAUAGGAUAGCUGAAGAGAGACAAAAAACAUGGAGAAAGAAUAUCCCCAAAUAUCUUUUUCUACGAGAAAGACAAGACUUAGACUAAGGCCAGCUAAAGAUAGAUCAUUGAUGACAAAAACUCAGAAACAAAGAGUAAGUUUAGUUUUCAACAAGGAAACUAAAAUGUGACUAAAAUGCAAUUUAGUUUUCGCUGGACAAUAAAAAUACAGAAUAUUUCUGUGCUGCAGGUAAAUCCUGUCAAUCCAUCUAUAGCACUUCUACCUCUUACCUCUCAGCUGUAGAAAGCAGGGAUCCCAGGUUUUGCAAAGUACAUAGAAAACACAAGUAUCGUUUGGCACCAGAUUCAGGCUAAGUGGAAUUUUUUUACUACAAUGUAACAAUUUUUUAUGGACUAAAACGUUUCUAAGUGUUUGUUGACUAAAACUACAAAGGGUAGAAAUUACUAAAAUGUGACUACAACUAAAUAUUUUAUCCCUAAGACUAAGACUGAAAUUAAAAAUAGAGCUGGAAAGUUGUCCAUAUUUUCUCUCUUAGACAAAAAAAUAGCAUUGUAAUUAAUAAAAAGGGGGUAUGCCAUCAAUCACCAUAGUUGAGUCAGACAUUUUAGCCAAAUUUGUUUUACUUGAUUCUGCUUUUACUGGUGCAAGGACAACAGUCCAACUGAAUGUUGUUAUCAAGCUUUAAACUUAGCUCAACAUGCACGCACUGACUGACUCCAGGGUGAGAUAAAUUAGGAUUUUAUUUGGAUAUCAUGCAAAGACACUUAAGAAGUUCCACUAAAUCAGGAUACAAAACAAUAUACAUGCCAGAUGGACUGUUUCAUAUAUCCAUUGCAUGGGAUAUAGUUCACAAUCAUCUGGGAAAUUAUAAUACAGCCACUCUAAACAGCCUGUCAGUGCAAGUCGUUGGAUUUUGCUUCCUUUUGACCACCGUUUCCUUUUGUUUCUGUUCUUUAUGCUAAGCUAACGCAGUGCUUCAUUUUUAACAGACAUCACAGUGGUAUUGAUCUUUUUGCUCUCCACGAGAACACAGAUUUGCUUAUUUUCCAAACUGUCGAACCACUCCCUCCUUUAACCUUCUGCAUGCACUUUUACUUUCACACAUUCUACCUUUACAUGCACCAAAUAGUUUUACAAAUGUAUGAUAAAAAAAAUCAUAAUGACAAGGAAUGUGAACUUGCACUAUUUUAGUUGAUACUAUCAUGCCUCUAAUUCCUUAAUGCAAUGCACUUCAUUUCAUUUGAUAUAUGAAAGUAUAUCCCAGACGCUGAACAGAGCAGUAUGUGGACCAUGAGGUAUUUGUGUCAAUGUCGGUGGUUGUUAUAGUCAUGUAUGUAAGUCUAAGGGUGGUAGUUUCAGUGAUGUGAAUGAAGGUUACGCCUAUAGGACAGACAGUGUACAUAACAACUGGGUUUUUGUUUCGCCAACGAUGAUUAAGUGACUGGCUACCGCGUAUGAGUUGGCGUCCAUGACACAAGCAUGAGGGAUUUUUUUGAUGUCUGUUUGUUCUGCCGUGUCCAUCGAGUAGCACGUGUCUCAGUGGCAUCAUCAUGUCCUCAACUUUUGUCUUCUGUAGCACAAAGGAUAUGUUCUUCAUAGGAUGCUGCAUUUCAUUUUGUACUCUACAUGUAAAGAUGAAGUAAAACGACAGAUUAACAUGUACAGCAAUAAGAUUUUAAAUUAAAAAAUGGCUAUUGUUAAAGUAUCAGUAUAUGCACAUUAUCAACAUGAGUGUACUAUGCUGUAUUUAAUAAAUUA